GCUAUGGAUCGCUUGGAUCAAAACUUAUGUUAUCAAGAACUCUGAUUUUUGGACUAUGGAGGCUAGGAUCAAUACAAGCUGGAGCUUUCGUAAACUGCUCAGUAUGAGGAAUCACGCUGCCCCCAUUUUUGCUUCUGGAACUCAUUCAAUCAAAGACAUAUGGCAUCACAUCCGUAACAAAGAUGACAAGUGAAGAGAGGGAAACUAGGGACCACUUGUUUCUUCAUUGUUCUGUGGCAAAUUCUGUUUGGAACUCUGUCCUGCAUCUUAAUGGCAUUUGCAGAGGAACUUGUUCAUGGGAUGCUCACAUUUCAUGGGCUUGUGCUUCAUGGAAAGGAAAAUCACUACUCACUACUAUUAUGAAGCUUGCUUGGACUACUUUUACUUACAUUAUUUGGGAGGAGAGAAACAAGAGAAUUUACCAAGGACGCUCAAGAAAUGUUAAUGCCUUACUCCUUGCUAUUAAAGACUCUGUUGCUAUUCAACUUAAGGGUAGAGAAAUAAAUAGAAAUGACUAUGUCAAUAAUACUCUUUGUAAUCAAUGGGGUAUUGAACAUUGA